ACACAAAUUAUUAGAACCAAAAAUAUGAUGAAGCAAAAUGUAUAUUUUCUGCUACUUCUUCUUGUUUCCAUGAUCAUAUUUUCACAAGCAUCUAGUCGUUUUUUAAUAAACAAUCUGCAAGUGGAAGAGGAAGCAAAGCUGCCUAAAAGAGCCAAUGAUGGAGACUCAAUUGACAAGAUGGGAACUAUUAAUUUAAAUAGGUUGAUGGGACUAGAGGAAUAUUCAUGUGAGGAUAAAAAUGAUCAAGAAUGUAUUAAGAGAAGAGUUCUUGAAGAAGCUCACUUGGACUACAUCUACACUCAACAUCAUAAUCACCCUUAAUUAUUAGAGAUUAUUA